CGAUCCUGUCAUGUUUCAUUUUUUUUUUAAAUAGAUUUUAAUGGUCUCGGUCUUGGUGUGGACCUGGUCUCAGUUCCCGAGCCCGACUUUGGCCAAAUCAUGGUCUCAGCUGGUGUGGACUUGAACACGAGUACUCAAGUAUUUAUUGAUUUUCAAGUUUCGAAUGAGGCAUUCUAUUUCCGAACUGAUUUAAUGACCAGGAUUGGUGAGUCCGGGUUUGAAGGCUGUAGCGACGUCUGGUGGACGACUGAAUCCAACGGCAACCUGUCAAAAGCACGACCGACGCGCCGGCAUGUGAAAAUCGCUACGUGAAUUUUUGGUCGCAAAGGUGCCCCAUCCAAUAUGGUGGCCACAAUGACGCACACCGCCAAUUGGCCAUAUCGCGAGAUGAGACUUCACGGAUGAAAACUGCCAUUCCAAAAGCGGAAGUAGGCGUCCAUCAAAUUCGUUGUACAUUUCUCCACAGUGUAUGGAAAUGCCAGCACAAAUGACGACCAAAAAUCAUGAAAAAAAAAAUGUCAACGAGAAUAAAUAAAUAUUCCACCAGAAAAGCAAUCAGUCAAUCAAUAACUCUCAGCAGAAGCACAAAAUGCGCCGCUGAUCGUCGCCGAGUCCGCGAAGAAACAACAAGGCUCGUCGUGACGCUCAUUCGGUGUCAACAUUCCACCUGUUGAGCGGAAGGGGGCGUGUCGUCCAGCCGAACAGGUUUGGGCGGUCCAGCCAGAUUCAGCUCAAGAGCGCCUCGGCCCUCUUUUUCGCCAAAGCUCAACUUUGGCUCAGCUUCAGCAGCGGGGCGCCAUGUCGUCCAACAUCCGCGUGUCUCUGGACAACCCUUACGGGCAGGUGACCAUCCCUCGCGCCAAACUGCGCACGACCGACGGCGCCGUCGUCAUCGGGAAUCCGGCGGCGCUCAACGGGAGCGACCCCGGCGCCGCCUACGUGGCCCCCCCGCCCUAUUUAGUGAAGGACGCCGAGGAGAACGGCGACGGCGGGCGCUGCGCCUGCUGCUACCGAUGCCGGAGGAGGAAGUGACGGCGCGUCGCCGGCCAGGCUCGGGAAAGAAAGGAAGAGACGCCGUUGUUGAAAAACUUCUUCGCCGCCAUCUUCAAAUGUUCCUCUUGAGUGUUUCCGUGUUCGUCAACUGUGAGCGUUUUUAAUCCUUCAAGAUGUUGAAACCUUUGGCCGGAGGAGGCCAGAGGGCAAAUAGCGUUGUCGUGGCAACCAACCAACAAACUCCAUGCAGCAAAUGUGUUUUCUUGGAGUCAGUAUAGAAAAUGACCAGAUCGAUUGUACGUUAAUAUCUUUUUUUUUUUUUGUAAAGUAUUUUGAAUUGUAUUUCUUUGUAAGGACUUCUCUUUCUUUUACAGCAAAAAUGUUGGGAUUAUUGAAUGUUGCUCUCUUAAUCACUCUCGCGGUAUUCUCACCAGGAGAAAGAUAUAUUUUUUUCAUGAAAAAACUGGUUUGAAAAUUCAAAUGGAAAUACAUUACAAUUAAAAAGAACCCGACAUCAAAUCGUCCAAAUGCUGCCGAGGUCCGAGUGCUUGUCCGACCGGUUCUCGCCUCGCAUUGUUUUGCGAUGGUCGU